AUGAAGACCUGCCCUCAGUCCUUGUGCUUCCUGCCCAUUUUCUUGUUCCUCCUGUCUGUUGUCAUCGGUGCACCAACUCAAGAGAGCGAUGAGGGUGAGAGUGCUGCGCGGGAUGUCGGCAGAACUCUACGUGUUCGGGACACUGCAGUCUUACCAUCCGCAUGGGGUUGGCACAUCGAAUGCAAAGUAAAUCCGCCUCCCCACUAUGGAUGGCUUCUCACUGACAGAUUCAAGCAACUGCCAGGCGUCGAUAUCGGUUACUGUCGGGAAAACAACCCUCCACCAGCGCCACAGUCUCCCGAGAACGCGAAGCGUAAUACCGACCUGAAACCAAGAAACGGCAGCUCGACCGAUUCCUCUCCGUCCUGGGCAUUGACACCGUUGAGGUGCUACGAUCUGUGCGCCUGCGACCGACAGGGCACACUGAUCUGUCAUGAGUGGGGAAUCGCUACCGAAGGCAUGGCAAAGGCAAUCAAAAUAGAACACUUACUUCUGCAGAAUCCUUCACCGUCGAUCAGUGAAGAACCACCACCGCGCGUCCACGCUGUGAAGAGAGAUGCGACUCAGAGCCGUCAGCCAGCUCAUCGCCCUCAAUUAGAGCUGAAGACCUCAUCUACAGCACUCGUACCAGCCCGGUCACCAACAGCCUCGGAACGAUUCUCAUGGGACUUCGACAAUGAGGAGUUGUCUACUAACCGACGUCGAAAACGAAAGUCGCCCAUUGAGGACCAAGUGUUUCCGACAAGGAAGGCCAUCAGGCUACCUCGAUUUUCCGUCAACAUCUUCCACUCGGAGCCAGUCAAUGUCUUUCCCAUUCCCAACGAAGGUGUGGUUCCGCGGAUGGUGAAGUAUUAUUUGCAGGUUUGGGCGGAGCAGCAUGGUCGAGCACUUGCCUUUGAAGGCCAUCCCAAGCCAUAUCAGUCGCUGGUGUUUCCGUAUGCCCUGGAGCACGCUGUCUUGUUUGAAGCCAUGGUCGCGCUCAGCCGGGCGUCAUGGCUUUUGCAAGAAGGCAUUCCAUGGUCCAAGGACAGCGCCCUCGCAUAUCAUCGCGCCAACGCAUUCGCCGCGCUUCGCCUGAGGCUGACGUCUGAAGCAACGUGUGCGGAUGACACCACUAUCUGUACCAUUGCGGCUCUUACGACGAUCGAUUACAUGCUCGGUGUACACGAAGGUGCACACAACCACAUCAAUGCUAUGCAGCGGAUUCGGAAGAUCCGGACCGAUCUCAAGGGUGACACACCGUGGCAAUACUUUGUCAUCUCUGCCAUGAAAGCAUACGAUGCCCUGUGGAAGUUUGUCAAAGAUAGAAACGAGGCCACCACCAGCAUGGCGCAGCUCUCCAUCGAAUCACCUAUGCGAAACGAACUCCCCCUCUAUCCAUCUCUCCCAUUCAAUAUCAAAGUGUGCGAGGCUCUCUCGAAGGUGUCGACCUCAUUCAACGACAUGGCUAUGGCUGGGGAAAUGUCUAUUCAGAUGAUCGACAUUCUUGCAAAUCUAUCUAAAACAGCCAGGGGCGAUGGCAGUGCUACGCCUACCAGUUCGCCCCCAAGCUCCCCGGGAGGACGGAACUUGCUGAACACAAUCGCUGAUUUGAGAUGUUUGUCGGUAAUGGCCACCACCUCUAUCGAACACAAGCUAUGCUUCGGCGUCAUUGGGACGUGCUUCACCCUCCACUUUGGGGAUGGUAAGAUUGGCGAAGAGUUCAACGAGACACUCCAGGAGCUUGAAGAUGGACUCAUUGGCAAUGGCAAGCCUCGACCGCAGCAAGAGAAAGCCCAGAAGAACCAUCGAGAAUGUCUAAUUUGGGUAGCUUUGGCAGCUGCCGGUGCACUCGAACAGUCUGAGCUGUUGUCUGCUAUGAGUAUGCUGCUGGACCAAACUUUGGACAAAUACCCGGAAGAGACGGCCCAGUGGGAGACAUUAGAGGGGAUCCUGAAGAAAUUCUUGUGGAACGAUCUACUGGCACGGCAUUGGAGAAGAUGCUGGGCCAAGGCUGUGCGUCGGCGGUCGAGCAUACGGCGACGGUAA